UUACCUCAUCCACUCAUUGUAUCGAUCGUGUGGCGAGCGGAGAGACAGGCGUCUCCAUGGAAACGCACAUUGCCGAACAGUAGAUCGGAAACAACCGAACACUUCCGCUGAUCUCCAGACAACACUGAGCGGUACAUGUGCAUCUUCACUGCCUCGGCUACUGACUGAAGAUCUGUGCAUCUACUGACUGUGUUUCUACUGACUCUAGAUCUGUGCAUCACUUAUCGCUUCCGGGCUCCGUGUUGUUGAAUGUGUUGUGUCGGGAUCGAACACUUUAUGUUCCCAUCAUGGUCGUUUCUGUGGAGGAGGUUUCUUCGUCUCUUGUGAGGGAAUACCUGAGUCGCAAGGGACUGAAGAGAACUAUCACCUGCAUGGAUGAGGAGCAUCCACGUACAGAGGCCAGCAUCAACAACAGAUCUCACCUGAGGCAGGUCCUCAACAUAGAGAGUCUCUACAGAGAGAACAAGGUUCACAGCUCCCCCCUGAAAACCUUACUGGAGAUUAUUGUAAAGCAUCACAUAGCAGGUCUUAAUUAUGACCAGUUCCCCAGCAGUGGAAGUGAUCGUCUGCUGUCAGCUUCAGCUGUCGGCUCUGCUGCUUCUCCUGCGUUUACACCAGGAGAGAUGAACGAGGAAAACACAGCAGCCUUUGUUCAUAGCAAACUAAUCAAACCAAGGUCUGAUGUAGAAGAAUUCCCCCCUUUUCAAACUACUUAUACCUCAUCACUGCCUGAAACAGACAGUCUGCACAGCAAUAAUCAAACAUGUUUCCUGACCUAUGACUCAGAGGAUCACAAAGGUCAUCCACUGUUGGCUCCUGCCCAGGACACUGAGAGCUUCAUGAGAAGAGAACCAGAGAAAAAGACGACCAUCACUGAGAGCACCCAAAGGAGCAAAACAAAUCGAAUUAGACGUGGCAUGAUGGCUGGACCUAUAGCAAGUUCACCUCAGGAAUCAAAUAAAAAAAGGCUAAGUCGAAGGGUAGAUGCUCCCCAGCUGCCACUCAGAAAACAAGAAGAACACAGGCAGUCAAGGGAUGGACUCUUGAUGACUGGCUCUCAUCUGAAAAGUGUGGAAAGUGUUCAAACAGAAAUAUGCUCAGCUGACUGCGUGGGAGGGAGACGGGAGUUGCUGAGUGCACCAGAGAGAACGCAGAGUGGAAACAGCUUUGAGAAAGUGGGGCAAGACUUGCUCAAGACAAGAAAAGUAAAGACCAGGCCCAAUGUGGCGGAUCAGGAUGUGUCCGAGAUGCUUUUAGAUGACAUUGAUGACGAUCUGCAAGAUCUCUCUAAAGUGUCCUUCCAGAGAACCGCCAGAGAGCGCAGCUAUGCAGGCCGUCCGAUGGACCAACACACUGCCGUGGUUGUUGUUUUUCUGUUUUUUGUUUUGCUCCAGGAAUUGAAAGCGAUUCUUCUUGGUUCCAGCGUAAAUUGUUUCAGCGCUGAGUGGAGGAAUCAGGGCUUCACAUUCUCUGAAACGCACGACCUGAGAUAUGGAAUUGUGCAGAAAAAGGGUGGUCCUUGUGGAGUUCUGGCAUCCAUCCAAGCCUUUGUUCUGAAGAAGCUGCUGUUUGAGAAUGCUGAAAGCAAGAACACAGGCCUCCAGAGAUUAACACCUUCCAGCAAUACCAGAAGAAAGUGUCUCAUUUUAGCCGUGGCUGAAAUCCUGUGGAGGGCUGGCGAGGAGAAACAAGCCACAGUUGCAAUCAGUUCAGGAAGAAACCAUUUCACCCCAACAGGACACUACAAAUCUGAGGGUGUGCUUGAAAAGAUAACAGUUUUCUCUCUGGGGAGCGUCAACGAUCUGCAGUUGCUGUUAGAGCAGCAUAUUGAGCAGUUUGAGACGGGUGUGUUAGGUUGCAUUCUGCUGACCAUAUCUGCUGUUCUUUCUCGAUCUGUCGAAAAAAUAAGAGAAGAUAUGGACGUGCCCACCACCACACUCAUCGGAGCUCAUGGUUACUGCACUCAGGAGCUGGUCAACUUGUUGCUUUGUGGCAGAGCAGUUUCUAAUGUGUUUGACAAUGACAUGGAGUUAGACUCAGGCAAUGGAAACAUGACUCUACUCAAGGGAAUGAAAGGCCGCUGUGAUGUCGGCUUGCUGUCCUUAUUCGAACAUUAUAACAUCUGUAAGGUAGGAGCUAACAUGAAGACUCCCCGCUACCCCAUCUGGGUGGUGUGCAGUGAGAGCCACUUCAGUGUGCUCUUUGGCCUGCAGAGGGAGCUGUUGACCAAUCAGGACAGAGAUCUGGAGUUUGACAUGUACUAUUAUGAUGGACUGGCCAAUCAACAGGAGGAGAUCCGGCUCACCGUCUCUGUUGGUAAAUCGACCAUGAGCAGCCAGGACCCUGAUCUCAUUCCUCCACUGGAGCACUGUAUCCGUACAAGGUGGACAAAUGCAUUUGUCAGUUGGAAUGACACAGAGCCGAUUCUCUAACUGAUCACUAGGUUUAUGUAAUUUGCCAGGACCAACAAUUAUCAUUUUGUGUCACCAGUAUAGAUAUUUUUACACAUUUUUAUGUACAAUAUGUUGUUCAUAUUGUUUAAGUUCUCUUCAUAUUGAUCUAUAUAUUUCAAUGUCACUAUUGUUUUCUCUUCCGAAGUGAGAAACUGUCAAAUUUGAUUUCGUCCUGCCAUUUGUUCACGUGCCACAAUGAUCUAGAUGUUACAUAUCACAUAAUGUAUGUGCAGCUUUGGGUCCACAUUUGGAUACGACACAUCACGUCAGCCACAGAGUCUCAUGCUGUUACCUAAACAUUUUAUUCAAGAAGAUGCAAUAACUAGAUUUUUGAAAGGUUUAGCAAUAAUGUGUCGGGAUAAACACACUUGGAUUGAAAGUCUUAUAUGUUGCCUAUAAAAGGUCAAUUGAUGCAACAUACCGUUUGAACAUAGUGGCCUUUUGCUGUCUACCUGUAUUGAUUGUUCUUCAUAUUUCACAUUAGGGUGAUAUAAUUCCACUGUCUAUUGCUUAUUAUAAAUAUAUCUAUAAAUAUGUCAAGUCACAUUUAUAUUUAUCUGUCAAGCAAUUUUAAAAACAGCUGACCCAAAGUGCUUUACAAUCAUAGCAAAUGAAAAAGCAAUAUAAGUGUUGAUAAAAAGUACUGUGAUCAAAAUCAAUGCAAGAAAAAUGAAAGUAACAUAUUAGAAUGCAGUAAUAUUAUAUAUAAUCAAAAACUUAAAGAAAAAUGUUCAUUAUAAAAUAUUUUUACACCAUGUCUUAACAAAUUUUACUUGCUGAUUAUAAUCUAGUCAGAUUUUGAUUUUAAUAAUCAAGUAUUAAAUUCCUGAAAUUAGGUGAUCCGUUAUGUUUUCAUUCAGAUGUGCUGUUAUAAGAUUACAUACUGACUGACUGGUGUACCUGCCCUGUUUCAGAAAGCAGUUAAACAAACUCUGAGUCCAACCCUGAUCUCUGCUUCAAUUAAGCCUGAGAUCUCUUCUAAGUUUUCAGUUCCAAAAAAGCUGAUCAGAUUUUGAUCAUAGUAUGUUCACGCUGUGCCAAGCAUUUGCCUGUUCAAUAAAAAAGUCCAACAUACAUGGAGCUCAAAAACUACGAUUCACCAUGACACCUGUUAAUAUAGAGUUUCCAUUGUUAUCCAGUGGACAUGAAAAUAUGAAUGUACAUUCUGUUCACUUCAAUUUACUUAAGUUUUUUCCUUAAAUUAAAGUUAUAGACCUAUUACUGUAGACCUCUGUCUGACCCCUUUAAUUUGCAAUUGAAAAACUUAAUGUUAUGCCUUGAUGAAUGUUAGCUUUUGUCUCACAUCUGAUCUGUAACAGAUAAUAAAAUACCU